AUGACUACCACCCCAGCUGGCAAGACCGUGCGGCCAAGGCUGAAUACCACGACGAACUGGUCCCUGCCGAGAGAUCAAGCGGGCCGCCCGGAGCCGGAAGAGCUUUCCCCGCUGUCACCAGGACGGGCUACUGAGGAGUACGGCUGGGGACAACAAAAGGGGAGCCAUGGUCACGGAAACCGAGUGGAUGAGCAGCAGCAGCAGCAGCAGCAGCAGCAGCAGCAGGGUCCAGAGAGUUUGAUUAUGGAGACUCUCACUUCGAGACCUCGCGAUAGUCUUGGUAGCGUGCCGUCUGAUAUGUUGGAGGAGUUGAGGAAGAUUAUCAAAGAAGAAGUUGCCCAAGUUGCUCAAGUCGUUCAACUAAAGACCAAUGAGACCGGCAACCCCGUCGACGCAGCUCGGUUGUCCCCCUUAUCCAGCCAGAACUCCGUCUUCCCUCCGGCGUACCCCAGCCCGCCGCCUUCCAUCAUCGACGCACACGGCGCCUCCAAGACCUCCUCGCCUAGGGAUUACAGUCCGGAACUCGCCCACGUGAAGGCUGCGUCGGCGCCUCCUCCGCAGCAGUAUCAGCCGUCGCCGCCAACUUCGUUUCCCGUACCAGCACCUCAGUCCACCCCGCCCAUCAGUCCUCAGCAAAGAGGGGUUCACUUUCGAAAGAGGGCACCGCCGGUCAUUCAUUGCCAACCGCGUGUUGAGACGGAUAACGAAGAUGAUGUCUCGCCGACUGCUCCUGCAUCGCCGCGAGUUGAGUUGAGUAGUGUUGACAAGGCGUGGGGUGUGUUGUUUGAUUCGGAGGGAUAUCCUACCAAUCGACUGAAUAGCGUGCUCAGAGGUCUCGCUGACUUUAUGAUUGCGGAGUUUGGGCCACCAGAGACACUCGUCGUCACCCCUGAGAAGAUGCUGACGUUGUACACCAAAUACAAAGUUGAGCCUGAGAGGUUCCAAUAUGAAGACAUCUUCAAGUCUCGGUCUAAAGAUGCUUUGGAGCGAAUCGAGUUCUUAUAUCAAGACCUUGACUGCCAAUACCACCUCGUCCAGGCCGCACCCAGAUCUCACCCCAACAUCCCCGGUUUAACCCCCGCAGGCUUCGCCAAAUGGAUGAUCAGCAAUAUCCUCGCCUACCCAGACUCAGAAGCCAGGCGUCUGCACGCCAUCAUGACCGCCCUCCCCAUCAACGCCGACGGACCCCUCCUCAACGGCAAACCCGAAAGACUCCCCAGACAGCUGUCCCGGCACCUCUUCCCAGAGACCCAUGAUAAGAAGGUCCGCAAAAUCACCGACGAGGCAAUAUGGGAUUGUCUAGAGGACGUUGCGCCGCCCCUGCCGUCCAUCCCGAAGUCUCGACCGGGCCCACCGCCCCAGGACGCGGCUAGGCUCCCCGAGGCUAACACGCAUACCCGCCGGUCCGGAAGCGACCUCCUCAAGCGUCCUGCGUCCCUCCCUCACCGUUCGAGGACGUAUGAUCGCGGUAAUCACCGCGCCGAGCCGCAUCCGGCCCGUCUCCCGCGAGCCAACUCGGACGCGGGCGGGUCCCUACCUAGACAUCGUGACUUGCCUCCCCCUCCGGUUGGUCGGCACUCGACUUCGUCUCAGAGACAGCGGAGCCCGCCGCCUACGAAUCGGUAUACCGCGUCUCUGCCGUCCAUCUCGCAGCACCAUGUCAGCAGUGGUGGCGGUGCUGCGUCGCCUUCGCCUUCUUCGUAUGAUAUCCGUGGUGGUGAUGCUAAUUACGGGGUGUAUUCUGGUCGAGACCGGGAUGGGCAUCGGGGCUCGGAUUCGAGGGAUGAGUCGCCGCGGUCGCCGGGGAGUGGAAGGCGCGGUGGCGGUGGUGGUGAUAGGGGUCCGACGUGGGAGGAUGUGUAUAGCCGCAAGGGGUCUGCUGGUGGAAGGGGGUCGAGCGUUGAUGGGGGGUCGCAUCGGUCGUUCCGGUGA